AUGUCCUCUCAAAGCCGGCACUUUUUCGUGGACACACCGAUUGGUUACAUUACGAGAUGCGUCACAAAAGGUCGUUGGCUCAAGUUUCCAGAAGAUGAUGAUGGCUAUCAAAUACCGAGCUUUGACGAACCUAUCACGACACACCGCGAACAUUCUAGAGAUGAUGCAAUUCUUGUAGGCUGGUAUGGACCGGAUGACAACGCAAAUCCUCACAAUUGGUCGACCACCAAGAAGGCCUACGUCUAUUUUGUCAUCAACUACGCCAAUGCUGCAGUAUAUCUGUCAUCUUCAAUAUUCGCGGCUUCUCAAGAGGGUGUUAUGGCUGAAUUUCACGAGUCUCAUACGAUUGCGAGUCUCGGACUCGCCCUCUUCGUUCUCGGCUACGGAUUCGGUCCGCUGAUUUUCUCACCCCUGGCCGAUGUCGCGAGAAUUGGACGGAAUCCUCCGUACCUUGUGGCAACUGCAGUAUACCUUGUUAUCUCUAUUUUGGCGGCUUCGGUGGGCAAUGUCGAGGGAUUGAUGGUUCUCCGAUUUCUUCAGGGUUUCUUUGGGGCUCCGAUGCUGACAUCGGGAGGUGCAUCUCUAUCAGACAUCAGCUCAGAGAACAUGCGUCCACUGGCACUUUACACUUGGACUUGUUCUGGUUUCGCAGCGGCAUCUUUGGCACCAGUCAUAUACGGUUUUGCGGUGCCAGUAAUGGGCUGGCGAUGGGCACUCUGGGAGCUCGUUUUAGCCAAUGCGCCUGUCAUCUUCUUAUUAUUGUUUCUUCCCGAGACGUCAGCAUCGAACAUCCUGUAUGCCCGCGCGCAGAGGCUCAGUAGAAUCGACUCCAGUCGCGACUACCGACUUAUGGAGACGAAACGUACCAAGUCCACCCGGGACCUUCUAUUACGCUCUCUUGUGGUCCCGUGGCAGAUGCAUCUUCUCGAUCCAUCCAUCAUGUUUACAAGUGUCUAUGCUGGUUGUGUAUAUGGCAUAUACUACUCGUUCUUUGAAAUCCUGCCCACUGUAUACGAAGGGCUCUACGGUUUCAGCAUGGGACAGACUGGGUUGGUUUAUCUGUCCAUUGUUAUUGCCGUCGUGACGAUUGGUAUUCCGUACUGCUUCUAUACGCACUACUGGGCAACGCCAGCCGUCAUAAGUGGAGGCCAGAUAGCGCCAGAGAAGAGACUGAUACCUGCGGUUCUCGCAUCUCUACUCGUACCUCUCGGCAUGUUCAUUUUUGCUUGGACGUCGAGAGAAGAUACUCACUGGAUGGCACCUGCAAUCGGGGUUGCAUUGACAGCCGCUGGUUUAGUAAUCAUUCUGCAGUGCAUCUUUGUCUACAUCUCACUCGGGUAUCCAGACUAUGCCGCUUCAGCUUUUGCAGGGAAUGGCUUCGUUCGCUGUCUGAUCCCAACGGGUGCAUUGCUCUGGUCUACGCCCUUGUAUGAUAGACUUGGGGUUGCGGGAGGCUCGACUUUGUUGGGCGGCCUCUGCAUUUUGGGUGUGGUGGGCAUGGUGGUCCUUUACAAAUGGGGCGGUGAACUGAGAAAAAGGGGUAGGUUCGCAAGGUAG